AUGAAAUUUCUCGUAGUAAUCUUUCUUACAAUCGUGGCAGUAGCUUCAGCCAAUGUAAGCAGUCAACCGCCUGCGGUUAUUGUUAAGCAGAGCCAAGAUAUUUCGGCUGAUGGAUCCUAUUCCUUCUCUUACGAAACUGAUAAUGGAAUUUAUCACUCUGAAAGUGGAACUCCCAUAGUUACUAAUGCAAGAAGUGCACCUGUCGUUGUUACUCAAGGAGAAUAUCAAUAUUAUGCACCCAAUGGUGCUCCGAUUAAAGUAAAAUAUGUUGCUGAUCAGAAUGGGUUCCAACCUGAGGGCGAACAUAUUCCUCUUAUUUCUGCAUCAAUCAAAAGAGCACUUGAAUAUAUUAGAACACAUCCACCACAACCUGAACAAUCUAAUCUGAAAUAA